AUGGGAUUUUUAGUUGGCUACGUCGUGGGCUUUGCGUUAGGCUUCGGCUUGAUCGUUGGCUUUGCUCGUUACCAGAACAGCAGAUCCAAAAGACGAACAGAUUUGUUGAAUUGGCUUAACCAUCAGAUUGAUAAGAUAUGGCCCUACGUUGAUGAGGCAGCAUCAGAGAUAAUAAGGAACUCGGUGGAGCCGAUUCUCGAGCAAUAUAGGCCGGCAAUUUUGGCUUCUCUCAAGUUUUCUAAGCUGACUCUAGGGACUGUGGCACCACAGUUCACAGGAGUUUCUAUCCUUGACGGGGACCCUAACGAGAUAAUUAUGGAAUUGGACUUGCAGUGGGACGGUAACCCAAACAUCGUACUUGAUAUCAAGACUAGAGUUGGUGUAGCUCUACCUAUACAGGUAAAAAAUAUUGGAUUCACGGGGGUUUUUAGGUUGAUAUUCAAACCGCUGGUCGAUGAGUUCCCUUGUUUUGGCGCCGUUUGUUAUUCGUUAAGAGAGAAGCGGAAUCUCGAUUUUACCCUCAAAGUGAUUGGUGGCGAUAUAUCGGCAAUUCCAGGGAUAUCAGAUGCCCUUGAGGAUACAAUACGCGAUGCUGUUGAAGAUUCGAUAACCUGGCCGAUACGUAAAAUCGUACCCAUUAUACCGGGAGAUUAUAGUUACUUGGAGGUGAAGCCGGUCGGGAUCUUGGAAGUGAAGCUCAUAGAAGCCAAGGAAUUAACAAACAAGGACAUUAUCGGCAAAUCUGAUCCGUUCGCAAAGAUAUACAUCCGCCCUUUACGUGACCGAACAAAAACCAGCAAAACAAUUGAUAACCAAAUAAACCCAAUCUGGAACGAACACUUUGAGUUUGAGGUGGAGGAUUUGUCCACUCAAAACGUCACGGUCAAGGUUUAUGACGAUGAAGGAAUUCAAGCGGCCGAGUUAAUCGGCUGUGCUCAAGUCCCACUGCGUAAUCUCGAGCCCGGAAAAGUCAAAGACGUGUGGCUAAAGCUGGUCAAGGACUUAGAAAUCCAAAGGGACAACAAAAACAGAGGACAGGUGCAUUUGGAGCUGCUGUAUUGUCCUCUGAACUCGGAGAGCAAAUUCAAGAACCCAUUUGACCCGGAUUUCAGGUUGACUUCCCUCGAGAAGGCUCUCAAACAAGUGACGGAAGAUGGGGCAGAUAGUCCUUGCCCGGACCUCCCGAAAUCUAAUUCCAUGAGAAGUGACGUUAUUACAAGAGGCGUACUUUCGGUGACUGUAGUGUCGGGUGAGGACUUGCCAGCCACGGAUUUCAUGGGGAAAUCGGACCCUUUUGUGGUGCUCCUGAUGAAAAAGGCGGGCCAGAAGAACAAGACACGGGUGUUAAACGACACGUUGAAUCCGGUUUGGAAUCAGACGUUCGAUUUUGUGGUGGAGGAUGCGCUGCACGAGCUGCUCAUCCUCGAGGUUUAUGACCACGACACGUUUGGGAAGGACAAGAUGGGAAGGUGCGCCAUGACGUUAACGAGGGCUAUAGUCGAAGGCGAAUUUACCGACACUUUCCCGAUCGAUGGUGCAAAAUCUGGGAAGCUCACUUUGCAUCUCAAGUGGACUUCACAAAGUAUCAUCAAGGAAUGA